UUUAAUGAAGUUCAUCUUGCUCAUUUCAUUUGCAUCAACUCAGAAUGGCUCAAGCCCACCUUAUUAUAGUUUCACUCCUUUUGGUCCUCGCCUUGUUUGUAGACCUCUCUUACUCCCAACCUAUAACCGAUCUAUGCCAUCCCCACGAUAAAAAGGUACUCCUCCGUAUCAAAAACCACUUGGGCAACCCUUCCUCGCUUUCGUGGGACCCCAACACUGACUGUGCCGGGUGGACCGGAAUUCAAUGCAACAGUCAAGGCCACGUCAUCAGGUUCGCAAUCAACCAGGCCUUAGAUAUCCACGGCCCAAUACCGCCGUUUUUGGACCGACUUCCGGCCUUGACCAGUCUCUACUUUGAUGGUAUUCCCAAUUUAUCUGGCCCAAUACCGUCGUACAUCGGUAAACUCACUAAACUUACUGAUUUUAGCAUCAUUGGAACCAACGUCACUGGCCCAAUCCCUGAGUUUCUGGGCCAGCUCACGAACUUGAACCUACUUUACCUCUAUUCCAACAAGUUUACUGGGCCGAUCCCUAAUUUUCUAGGCCUGCUCAAGAGCUUGGUUUAUCUCGACAUCUCUUCCAAUCUACUCACAGGCCCAAUUCCUGUGGCCUUAGCCCAACUAACCAAUAUUGAAAUCCUUUCUCUAAGCUCAAAUAAAUUGUCUGGCAACAUACCAGAUUUUAUAGCCCAAAAACUCAAGAGUAUAAAAAUACUAGAACUCAAUUACAACUCCCUGUCAGGCCCAAUCCCACCAUCAUUGGGCUUCUUGCCCAACAUCUCAUCAAUUGGGCUUGCCGGGAACCAAUUAAGCGGCCCAAUCCCAAAGUCGUUAGGGCGCGGUAAUUUAAAUUUUAUCCGCCUUAGUCAAAACAAAUUAACGGGGGAUGCCUCGUUUUUGUUUGAAAAGGCUAACAAAAACGUCAUGAUUCUAGAGGUUGCAAACAAUCUUUUAAAGUUUGACUUUACAAAAGUUGACUUGGCCCCAAGCUUAUCAACCAUGAAUAUAAGCCACAAUAUGAUAUAUGGAUCUCUCCCUAAACGAUUCAGCCUAUUUUCGACGGAUUCUGUUGAUGUGAGUUAUAAUCAACUUUGUGGCCCGAUUCCAAAUGGUCGUCGUUACAAACGGGUUGACCCUAUCAUAUUUGCCCACAAUAAAUGCCUUUGUGGUGGCCCAUUUCCUGGUUGCAAGUAACCAUGCAUUAUUUGUGAAAGUUGUCAAACGAUUUAAGGCUUUCUUGUGAUCUUUAGUUUGUUUUUUUCUUUGAGUUUGCAAUUGUACGUGGAUGUAAUGCUUAUUUGGAAAAGGCUAGGGAUACACAUGGUGUGCAAGAGCAUCUUGCACACCACCACUCAUUUUUUGACACCUCCCAAAACCUACAAAAAAUUGAGAGGGAAAACUGAUUCUGAAAACUGAGAUUUGAGCGGGAUUUUUUUCACAGAAUUGCGCCUUCUUUGGAAGUGGGCGGGACUAUUUUCAGAAAAUUGCGCCGUUGUUUGAGCGCCAAGUGAAAUUGUAAUGGAUUUCAUUUUCUUUCAUCUCCAUUCAUCUCUACCAUUGUCAAUCAAAGAAACAUUUGAAGGUAAACUAUUAAUCCAAAAAAAAAAUAGUUACCAUUCUAUUUCAUCAUCAUCUACGGGCUACAGCAAUUAUUUUGACUCUCCCUCAAUUUCCCCUUUCCUCCAUUGAUAAACAGUGAAAAUUAACACAUAUUAAAACCCCAAAAUUCUCCUCCAUAUUUUCCAUGUUUUGUUUUUGUUAUAAUUGAUUAAAACAAAAUUUUCAGGCGACAAAUUACUAUUUUCGGUGUACACUUAAGAUUUUCAUUGAUGGGUGAGUUUGUAUUCUCCGUAAUAUUUUGUUUGCAUCGAAGGUGAUGAGGAUUGUAACUGCACACAAGGUGUUCGACAAAAUGGUUCAAUGAAAAUGUCUUUAAUUUUAUUUCGGUUGUUCAACUAUUACUAUCGUUUUUGGUUUUGGAUCCGAUUUUGGGUUAUGGAAUUUGCAUUUGGAGUUGCUUUGAACGCUCCCUUACUCAUUGGUAUUGUCAGAAGGACACUUAGUUAAUUUUUCUGGAUGAUCAACGGUUGAACAAAACGUUCGAUUCUGGAGAUACAAUGAUCAAAAGCAAGACAAAUGGAGAUAGAAACAGGCAAAAAGUAAAUGAAGAACGAUAAAGUGAGAAUACAGAACUUGGGUUAUCAGUACAAGAGCUCGCUUCUCGAGCUGUAUCUCGAGCCAGGGCAAAAGCUGCUAAAAAUAUCAGCACCCCAAAUUCAGCUCAUCAGUUUGAGGUUUCUUGGAGAGGGUUUUGUGGCGAUCGUUCUCUACAGGGCACAUUUAGUGAAGGUUUGAUAUUGAUUAAUAGUUACCUAAGACUUUAGAAUGUGUUUCUGAGACAUAAUACUUGAGUUGUAUUGGCAAACAAUGAUGUCAAGUUUUGUGUUGAAGUAUAGAAUAUCGCCAGCAGAUGUUUAUGUUUCAUAACCUUUUUCCUCAAUUUUCCUGAUGACAUUCAAGCUUGUUUGUAUUUUUGGAAUGUCUAGGUCACUCAACCUGAUACACUAGCGCAACUAUUUAAAAAUGCUUUGACCUCCCUUCAUUGAUAUCGUCAAGUGUAUUGCAACCUUUAUUUAUUUAUGUAAGUAGAGGCAUCAUGAAUUGUUGUAUAGUCAAGUACUUCGUAUAUUGUUUCUGAUGUGGUGGAUGGUGGUGGUAGCAGUUAAAUUGAGUGUAGGUGUUGGUUAGGUUGUUGUUGGUUCCGAGGGCCGUGAUGCGUCGUUUGAUAUUUUUACUCCUUGGGAGGUUCAAACAGUAGAGCUUAGGCACCGACAACUCGGCAAGAGUCUUCUCAGGUGUUGCCUACUGAUAUCUGUUAGCUGCCAUUGAUGUUGGUCCGGUGGGGAAGGGUUCUUUUGGCUGCUGAAACUUCACGCUCGUACUUUGUAAUGGAGUGUUUUUGGGCAUCCGGGUCAACUGUUGAUCAGAGUUGACUUCUUCUUUAGUUUACGUUUUUUAUUUGGUUUUGUGGGCUUUACUUUUAA